AUGCCGAAAAAAACCGAUCCAACUAUGUGGCAAUCUCCUGCGUAUUCACUAAGACCCCAGACGAAAAUACGAAAUGACAGUUCUGGUCCCGGACCAGCGUACAAAAUUGACCAGGUUACAAGACAUGGUCGUGAUACUAGUGGCAAAAUCAUUUUUGGAGACUACAAUAUACCGAACUCAAGUAAAAAAAAAAAAUUAUUAAAAAUGCUAGAAAUAAAAUUGUUUUAAAUAUAAAAAAAAAACUUAUUUAAUUCUGUAAAAGAAUCUGAGAAAACAGCGCGGGAUUAAAAUUAUGUUUACGUGAGUUUCAAGUAUGCAGAAUGCCGAAUUCAUAAACUACUAUACACCUCUUCUGCAAAAGACCCAAAUCAGUUGAUAAAAGAGGGGCUAACCUAGGACGAGACCUAUUGAACAAUUUAUAUACUGCCUUUCGUAAAUAAUCAUAGGAAUUAAAACCCAUGAUCAGCGCAGAGCUUUGUCACUAAAGUCAAAUUUUAAUCUAGCCGACUUAUAUUUAUGAUUUCCAGAGAUUUUUAAUAACAUUUUAAUCUGUAGGGGUAUUCGAAACCCGGCACAUCCUGUUAACACAUUAUUUUUAAACAUACAAAUGGUUGAGAAGAGUUUGAAGUUGAACCCUACAAAAGGCACGUCCUUGAUACCUACAAAUACAUCACGUAUAUAAAAACAUUCGUAUAUACAAUAACAUGGUGAAAUUUAACUCAAUUUAUUUACUUUAUUAACUAUAAUAAAAUACGAUUCAAAAUAAUAAUAAUUUUUGAAAGAGAUUCCCGAACUAUUAUAGUAUGUUCAAAAAAAUAAUAAUAACUUAUCUACAAACAACAUUUUUUUGAAGAUGGGUAGUGCCUAAUUCUAAUUCAAAAGUUCAUAUUUCACAUUUAAUUUCAAUAUUUUAUACCCAUAGUGUACCUACUUAUUUAUAAUGCAGUACGAAAAAACAUCCACAAUACGGUACAAUAGUCUCUAUUUUUCGGAAAAAAUUCGACAAUAAUUCGCUAGGUAUUGUCCGCUCAGCUCAGAAAUUAAUAUUGUGUAUAUAUAGGUACAUAAUAAUAUACCUAAUAUUAAAAUUUAUUAUACCUAUACGUACUAAAUAAGUUUGACGAAAUGUAACUCACGCCACCCGCUGCAGAGACACUUGGUCCGGGACCAGCGAUCUACUUGCCGUGCUAUCCGAAUUUAAUACAUGCCCCCACGCCGAAAUUAUCGUUACCUCUGGAAGAGUUGAAGAAAUUCGAUAUUCCAGCACCUAACGCAUACACGUUACGCAUACCGGACAUCAGCGGAAUGUCGUCGGUCAAAAGCAGGAGAAAAGGAUACACGAUGUGAGUUAUUAAUAACACCUAACUUAUAAGAGUCGAAAAAAAAAAAACCCAAAACCUAGAACGAUAUUCUUUUAAUAAUAUUUCCGUCCAAGUUCGUUUCUUUUCUAUAUACAAUACACAUUCUAUGUUAAUUUGCCGUACAUCGCAAAUCAUAAAUUAUGUUAUUAAUUAAUUUAUAACAUUUACGCCGUGAGACAUUACAAUGUAAUGUCUUUUAUGAUAGUAAAGAUUAAAUUAAGUACCUCUAAUAAAGUACUCGUACGAACCUAUUAAAUUAGUAAAAAAAAAGAUUAAUAAUGAAAAUAAAGUUAAUAAAUUUAAGUAAAGCAAAGCUAACCGGUGUAAUCUUCUUCGUUAUUUUCAAGGACAUACAAAUAAACCAUUCUUUAAUUUUUAACUUAAUAUUUAAUUAUUAAAUAUAAAUACCGCCUACGCCUUACAUGUAUUAUAGUCUAAAUUUCGAAUAUCAUUUUAUACUAUUUACUUCAUUUGUAUUAUUUGAAUCGAAUAUUAGUUUUAAUUAAAAUUAUCAAAUUAUUAUUUUUUUAAAAAGACGGACAUACUUCACAAUGGGUGGGCCACUGUUGUAGGGCAAUAGUUGGGAGAAUAGAAUAUACAGAAGAAUUAAAUUUUUAUCUGUAUGCAACAAUUAAUCAUUGCUAACAAAAAGCAAUUCUAAGCGAAGUUCGGUCAUACAUAUUUUGAAAAGCCAUAAUACUGAUUUUCGUCAAAAUUUUGUAUUCAAAUUCUUAUGAAAAAAAAAAAAUACUGCAUUAAACUCAAGUUUUUUUUUUUUUAAAUACAAAGUACAACUUAUAAUGAACCUCCUCUUAAGUUUUCAAGCAUUUCUGUUAGCCAAACAAUUUUAUCCACAGAGUACUACCGAAAAAAAAUUACGGAAAAAACUCACAUUAAAAUGCCUUUAAAUAGCUCAAAAAUGAUAAAAGAAUUUCAAAAAUUUUACUACGUCUAGAAAAGGCUUUACAAAUAUUCUUAAUUGAACUGCAACAAAAAAAACAAAAUUGAAAAUAACAAAAGCCAGACAUAUUUCGUACGUGGGUGCAGCCACUGUUAUAUGUGGGAAGUUGGGAAGGUAGGAUACAGACAGGAAUUUAAUGUAUAUCUGUAAGCACUAUAAACAACGAUAAACCAUUGCUAACGAAAACCCUAUUCUAAACGGAACGGAGUUCAGUUGAUAGUGUUGCUUUGCCAACCAUAUCUAUAAUAUACAUCACAACUUAUAGUAUGGUACAAUAACUACAUUGGCAUUAUGUAUUUUCUUUAAUAAUAUUUGUUUGAUAUUAUACCUAUUUUCCCGUUUUUCCUACAGUUUUCCCAUGUUUUUCCCGGUUUUUCCAAUUUAUUGGGAAAAAUCUUGAGAAAAUCAAAAAAUGACCUUCUUAAAGUACUAUCUAGUCAUUAUAAAAAUAUUUUCUUUCAAAAAAGGUGCUACACUUACAUAUUGAAGCAAGAUUUCUGGUAGACAUUUUUGACACAGUUUAAAAAAAAGAACAUCAUUGUAAAUCCAAUAGGUUCGCUAUACUCAGAAUCUAAAAUUUAUAUUAAAUUAAUCAUUUCCAAUUUUGAUUCUAAAAAUAUAUUAUUUUAUUAUAUCUUUGCAAAUUGAUUGUUUCCACUGAGUUUUCCAAAAUUCUAUCUCACCCUUAAGACAAUAUUUAUUGAAAUUUAUAAAUGAGAAACGUUUCAUUCUUGCUUCAGUCUAAGUAUUUCCAAGAUCCGAAAUCAUCUUUAUGGUAUUUGGAACCAGUUGCAUUUGUACUUAUUUGUACUUAAGAACUAUGGAUAUUUUGUAUAUCGAAAAAGAACAUCACAUGGCUUAUGGAGGCUCCCUCGAUCCCUUCUCCCCCCCCUUCAGAGACGCGCCUGGCCGGUUCGCCGAAUUCCCCCAUUACUUUUUAUUUCCCGUAUAAAUUCUUUAGUGUAUACGUCCGCGCACAGUAGGUACUAAGUACCUAUUAAAAAUUGAUACAAAAUAUACGAUUUGCAUAUUUGAUUACGACUUAUAAACGAACCGUACGCACUCUAUUGUAAUAAAGUACGGACCAUUGAGUAUUACUCUAUGAUACGGACACUGCAGAGGCUCCAACCAAUAAGAUUCGAUCGGAUAAUUCAUAGAUCGGUUUGUUCUCCGUACCAACUUACGUACGUCGUCACCGUCAUUUCGCACUUGUAAACUUCUAUGGGUGUUCGGCGUGUACACGUUUGAAAGAGUGACAGCCUCUUAGAUCCCGGGUCAACUAGAUCCCCGUGAGACAAUCAAUUCCCCUGUCAACCAAAUCCCCAUGGUUAAUCUGAAUCUGUAGAUCUCGCUGUGCUUAAAAUUUAAUUAGACAUGGUCUGAUUCAAUGCGGUUCAUCAUAUUAUAAUACUGUAUUUUUGUGUUACACGAUACAGUCAGUGGAAGACACGAUACCCUUUUGGGGAACCGGGAAGGUCGAGUCCCGGUCCAGCUGCUUACGGCCCAACAAACAUUGACGCGUACAAAAAUCAUGCGCCGGCCGUGUCGAUCGGUGCGCGAACGCGGGAAACAGGACAAAAUUCCGGGCCCGGACCACAGGCGUACUACGUGUCCGAGUGCUCCAGAGGGUGUACGACGAAGUUCUCGUUCGGCAUCAAACACUCGCGAAAAUCUACACCGUACGUGAUACCCGACGACAACCGCAGUCCCUGA